AUGGCGGCGGAGUCUGCCUGGUGCUGGCCGUGGCUCGGCUCCGGCGCGGCGUGUUUCCUCUUCUUCAACGUCGUCGUCGGCGCCGUGGCCGUCUUGUCCUGGGCGCAGGGCGGCGACGCGCAGGUGGCUAGGCGGAGGAGGCUCACCCGGAGCGCGUCGUCCAUGGUCAUGGAGCGCCUCCGCUCCAUGUCCGUCUUCGCCGCCUUCCACUCCGUGCCCGAGCACGACUACGACAGCGGCCUCACGCCGCCGGCGUCGCCGUCGCAGCUCCACCACGUGCAAGAGUACUACACGUCGUCGCAAGAAGAGGGAGGAGAGGAGAUCAGGCACGCGGUGAGGCCAGAGCCGACCCUGCCGGCCGGAGAAAGCAUGACGGCAACGGUGGCUCCGUCGACACAGAGUGCUCCUGGUGCAGCAGCCGAAGCGGGACUGCGUUCAGCGGCUUCGAUGUCAGGGAGCGACAAGGCAGGAGCAGAGACGCGGACGGAGACGUCUAGAUGCUUGGGAGACGCGUGCACAGCAGUAGCGUUCCGGCAGCGAGACGCGCCGGCGCCGGAGCCAACGCCAGCCACGGCGGCCGCCAAGGGUGCUACGACGGAGAAGCUGAGGAAGCGGGAGCCGGCGAAGGUGGCGGAGAUCGUCGAGCGGCGCGCGUACGCGGAGGUAGAAGAGAAGGCGGAGGUGAACGCGCGGGCCGAGCGGUUCAUCCGGCAGUUCCGGGAGGAGCUCAAGCUGGAGCGCAUCAAAUCCAUGCUCAACCAGAGCGCCGCCGCCGCCGCAUCGGCACGGUAG